AUGUCCACCAAGACUGCCAGGAAGCGAACUGUGUCGUGGAGCGACAACACGCGACCCGCGCGUGAGCUUGCGAAGACGGCCACUGCCCAGACCUCUCGGUUGGCAUGCAUCCCGUCUCCAGCCCGCUUUAUCCUUGUUGUCCUAAGCAGUCUCACUGUGAGCUCCAUUUUGUUCACGCUCACUUCGAACUUCACGGUGGGCGAUCUCGGGCCUAUCAGCAAACACCUGGAAGAAUGGUGGGAAGUGGGGGGCUUGAUAGCCUGGAGGGCUUUGGAGGUCGGAGUAGCCUGGGUUCUAGGAUUUGAUGGCCGUGAUGUGGCAUCGUUCUUAUUCUUGACCCACCUGCCGACAUACUCUCUCUUGUCAUUCUUCUACGGCAUCCGCCCGACUUCUGGACUCUUAGCCUUUGGGGUGACGAUUGUUUCGACAGCCCUUCCAUUCGCCCUCCUGCGCCGGCCCUCGUCCGUCCACAAUCUUUCGCAUACUCCUGCUGAUGCAGUUGCCAAUCGAAACAUUCUACAGGACAAGACUACCACUGUAUUCACCACGCUCCUGGCAACCUCGAUUUUCAGCGUUGUGCUCUACGCCAGCUAUGCGACUUGGCUCCCUACCCAGCUGGUCGUUCACUUUGAGGGUCUCCCGGAUAUCAGCGCGGCACAUGCUGGACCUGCUGGCUUGCCUAUCCUCUUCCUGACGCUGAUUCCUGCCGGCUGGGCCGCGCGAGACUUUUUGUUUGUCAGUUCCACUGGCUAUUCAACCACUCCCGCUGGGUCUGGAUGCUGCGAGGGUAGUGAAUGCGUGUCUGCGGCCAUUUGUCGCAACACUUGGGGUCAAUUGUCCCCCAAGACGAGAGUUUUGGUUUCCCGAUCCAUUGUUCUUGCGCUUGGAGUCCUGCUCAACACGAUUGUUCAAGUCGCCGGCACAAUCAACGAUGUCUCUCUCGAAGGUGCCGCCACUUGGGGAGCAGUCUGGGCAUUUGCGACACUGAUCGCAGGAGCAACCUUCGGCUGGAUCGAAGCCGUUGAUGGUGUAUGA